AUGGCCUCCCUUCACCCCCGUCCCCGGUCCUCGUCCCCGACCUCUGCCCCGCCUGCCCCUCCUGAGAAGAAAGCCAGGCUCGAUGCCGAGCCGUCAGCCUCCGCUCUCCUGGCCACAAACGCCACUUCGGCUUCCUCCCUCCUAGCUUCCACCCCGUCUGACGCCACUCAGUCAUCCAAGGAUCCCAAGAAAGGGCCCCCCAAAAACAAGAAAAACAAGAAGCGGGCUCAUGUCGCGCCAGAGCCCUUUUCCGCCGAAGACAUCCUUAAUCGCGAAGUCGUCGCCCUCCUAGGCCAGGAGUACGCCGACGCGGCAAAUGCGCAGGAGGCGGACUGGGAUGCGCCCUUUGAGCAGUCCACCGAACUGGAGCUCACCGUCGCGUGCAUCUCCCCGUCCUCAGGCCAGGCGCUCUCGGUUGCCUCCGUCAACGACCGCAAGUGGGUUAUUGUCACCCCUCUUUCUCUCCCUGGCGAGCGCAUUCGGGUCAAAAUCAGCCGGCACUCUCGUCUACACUCGCAUGCAAAGCUGCUCGAAACAGUGGAGUCGAAUUCGGAGUGGAGGGAUACGUCGCGCGUCCAAUGUCGCUAUUUGGCAAAUGUGCAGGUUAUGUUGUCAUACGAGCGACAACUUGAACUAAAACGCGAGACCGUCAGCGACGCGUACAAGUAUUACUCGAACAUACCGCCGGAGUCGGUCCCGCCGAUUCAACCCACCAUUGGCUCCCCGCUACAGUAUGGCUACAGGACCAAGCUUACCCCUCAUUUCCACCGCCCCCCGAUGGCAUUCCAGAAGGCCGUGAAGCGCGGUGAGCCUGUCGAGGGCAAGCCGGAUUGGUUGAAGAUCGGAUUUAAUGAGCUCGGUUCAAGGAACGUGCUGGAUAUCGAGGAAUGCCCGAUCGCAACUCCGAUCGUGAGUAAAACGAUUGGGCCAGUCAAGGAGAACAUUGUGAAGAACAUCCACAAAUACACGAACGGCGCCACACUCCUCCUCCGGGAUUCCCUUCCCUUGUCCGCUGACAACGAGUCGUCUUCGAACUGCACAGAAGAUGACGAGCACAUAUGCGUCACUGAUCACAAGACAACGGUCCGAGAACGCGUCGGAGACAUGUUCUUCGAAUACAAUGCGAACACAUUCUUCCAAAACAACAACUCAGCCUUGGUCCCACUGACUUCCUAUGUGCAAGACGCCAUAUUCCCGGCGGAUAGCGAGUCUCGACAACGUUUCCCUCGUCCUACACACCUAGUCGACGCAUAUUGCGGCAGUGGUCUCUUCUCUAUCAUGCUUGCCCGGCACUUCGACAAAGUCGCCGGGAUCGAGCUCUCUGCCGAGUCAAUCCGAGCGGCACAACACAACGCGGAGCUCAACAGGUUGCCUGCCGAGAAGAUCUCGUUUAUAGCCGGGGAUGCGGCAAAUAUUUUUGACACCGUGCAGGACUUCCCGCGAGAACACACCGUGCUUAUCAUAGACCCGCCGCGAAAGGGUACCGACCAGCGUUUCAUUCAACAGAUGCUCGCUUUCAGUGCACAGACAGUUGUCUAUGUCAGCUGCAAUGUUCACACACAGGCCCGAGAUGUGGGAUCAAUUUUGGAGGCUGGUUCUAAGAUGGUUCAGGAGGGCGUUGGAAGAAAGUAUGUGCUGCAGAGUUUAUGUGGGUUGGAUUUGUUUCCUCAGACAGCACAUGUAGAGUCGAUUGUGGUUCUGAGCUUAGAAUAA